ACACAUGUGCAAUACAAAGUUGUUGCUCAUGAUGGUAGAGCUUAGAAAGGCGCAGUGAGUGCACUUUGUAAUUGAUUUAUAAAUCGCAUACAAUUAUAAACAGCCCAGUUUGAACAGAUUUGUAUUACGUCCCGUUCAGCGCCAAAUUGAAUCUCGUGAACAAACAGGUUGACUCCUUUCUUUCGAUAUUUGAGUGAACUGUUGUUUCACCAAUCAGGGUAAUUUGGAUUUCCGUCUAACAGCUGGCCAAUGAAAUACAGUAAGGCGGGACCACUGUCAAUUUCCGCACGUGAAGCCCAGAGAGUUCCAGAAACCGGCCUCUGUUAGUUUAGCCGUUACUGUAAAUUAUACAGCGUGGAUUAACUGAAUAGCUCAUGCUUACACCAUGACUGCAAUAAAGGCAUUAAACCCGAAAGCUGAGGUGGCCCGUGCUCAAGCCGCUCUUGCAGUAAAUAUCAGCGCUGCGCGUGGUCUUCAGGAUGUGCUCAAAAGUAAUUUGGGACCAAAAGGAACAAUGAAAAUGCUUGUAUCAGGGGCUGGUGACAUAAAGUUGACCAAAGAUGGUAAUGUCUUGUUGCACGAAAUGCAAAUCCAGCAUCCGACGGCAUCCUUGAUUGCCAAAGUGGCUACGGCACAGGAUGACAUCACAGGUGACGGUACAACAUCCAAUGUGCUCAUCAUUGGGGAGCUCCUGAAACAAGCAGACCUGUAUGUGUCAGAGGGUCUCCACCCACGGAUAAUAGCAGAAGGUUUUGAGGCAGCCAAGGAUAAGGCUCUGGAGGUGCUGGAGGAGAUGAAGGUGACCAGAGAGAUGGACAGAGAGACUCUCAUCCACGUGGCCCGCACCUCCCUCAGAACCAAGGUCCAUGCUGAGCUGGCUGAUCUCCUCACAGAGGCUGUGGUAGAUGCUGUGCUGGCUAUCCACAGACCCAACGAGCCUAUUGACCUGUUCAUGGUGGAGAUCAUGGAGAUGAAGCAUAAGACUGACAGCGACACACAGCUGAUACGAGGCCUGGUGUUGGACCACGGUGCCCGUCAUCCUGACAUGAAGAAACGGGUGGAGGAUGCCUUUGUGCUCACUUGCAACGCCUCUUUGGAAUAUGAGAAAACCGAGGUGAACUCUGGCUUCUUCUACAAGAGUGCUGGCGAGAGGGAGAAGCUGGUGGCUGCUGAGAGGAAGUUCAUUGAGGAGCGCGUGAAGAAGAUAAUCGAGCUCAAGAAUGCAGUGUGUGCUGAUAACAACAAAGGCUUUGUGGUCCUCAACCAGAAGGGAAUUGACCCAUAUUCCCUGGAUGCUCUGGCCAAAGAGGGCAUUGUAGCUCUCCGUAGGACCAAGAGGAGGAACAUGGAAAGACUCACCCUGGCCUGUGGAGGUAUCGCCAUGAACUCUUUUGAAGACCUCACUCCAGAAUGCCUGGGCCAGGCUGGUCUGGUCUAUGAACACACACUGGGUGAGGAGAAGUACACAUUCAUAGAGAAGUGUGGGAACCCCCGGUCAGUGACCCUGCUGGUAAAGGGACCCAACAAACACACCCUGACUCAGAUCAAAGACGCAGUCAGGGAUGGGCUCAGGGCCGUCAAGAACGCCAUCGAGGACGGCUGCGUGGUGUCAGGGGCCGGGGCCUUUGAGGUGGCUGUGCAUGAUGCUCUGAUAAAGCAUAAACUGUUAGUGAAGGGCCGGGCUCAGCUGGGUGUGCAGGCUUUCGCGGAUGCCCUCCUCAUCAUCCCUAAGGUACUAGCCCAGAACUCUGGGUAUGAUCCAAUGGAGACCCUGGUCAAACUCCAGACUGAGUACAAAGAGAGUGGUCAGCUGGUUGGAGUGGACCUGAGUUCUGGUGAACCUAUGGUCGCUUCAGAAGCUGGGGUUUGGGAUAACUACAGUGUUAAGAAACAACUCCUUCAUUCAUGCACGGUAAUAGCCAGCAACAUCCUGUUGGUGGAUGAGAUCAUGAGAGCAGGCAUGUCAUCCCUGAAGGGCUAAGGUCAGAACCGAUGACCUCUUGUGGAUGACUACCGCUUAAGAUUCUAGUUAUUAGAGCAGCCUCGUAGAAUAACUAGGGGAAUAAAUGGACCAGUAUUAGGUUCUCAUAGGUGAUGAAUGGAGAAUGCUCUUGUUCCCCUGCUUGUUGAUAUGUCCCUUCUGUCAUAUUAUACAUGGACACUCCAUUUCAUCCCACAAAUGAGUUAAUUUCCCGCCCAAAAAUGUGUUCUUGUUUUGUGUUUUGCUAUGGAUCAUACCAAGAAUGUGUAUAAACCUCACUCUUAGUAUGUAAUAAACCUGUAGCUUGGCUCUGUGA